AUAACUUCAGGAAUUCAGAAAUACAAGUAGUUCCUGUCCCCGGCAGGCAGUACCAGACUUUUGAGGGCGGGCUCCUCCACACGAUUCAGCGAAUUCUCUGUCUGCGUCUGCUCUUCUGUUUCUGCUUCCACAGGUCUGACUGGGCUGAGAGUGCAUCACAAUGGCAGAUCAGACUUCUUCAGACUACUUCAGCUGUUCACUGUGCAUGAACCUCCUGAGGGACCCUGUGGCGAUCCCCUGUGGCCACAGUUUCUGCAUGGACUGCAUCAGUGGCUACUGGAAUGAGGCUGACUAUACAGGGAUUUACAUUUGCCCCCAGUGUAAGAUCACGUUCACUCAGCGGCCUGUGCUGCGACCUAACGCCGCUCUCAGCAUGGUGGCUGAGAAGAUCAAGAAGAGUGGUCUGAACCUCAACCUCACCACAGCGCAGGGGAACGCCUAUGCCGGAGCAAGCGAUGUUCCCUGUGACUUCUGCACUGGGAAGAAAUUCAAAGCUGUCAAGUCUUGCCUGAACUGUCUGGCAUCUUAUUGUGAGAAGCACUUGAGACCCCAUUACGAAUCAGCCACCUUCAAAAGGCACAAGCUGGUGGACGAGCUGGGAAAUCUGGACAGGAAGAUCUGCCCUCAGCACCAGAAGUCCCUGGAGCUCUUCUGUCGGACUGACCAGAUGUGUAUCUGUGCCAUCUGCACCGUCAGCGAGCACAAGGGUCAUGACAUCGUGUCUGCGGAGACGGAGAGAGGCGAGAAACAGAAACUUCUGGGAGUCUCCCAAAGCGAGAUAAGACAGAAAUGCCAGGAAAGAGUGAAAGAGCUGGAGGAGCUCAAGACAGCAGUGGAUUCACUCAAGAACUCGGCCCAAAGAGCCAUGGUGGACAGCCAGAAAAUGUUCGAGGACAUGAUUCGCUCCAUCGAGAGGAUGAGGUCAGAGGUGACAAAGCUGAUCGGCAUCAACGAGAAGGCCGCCUUCAACCAGGCAGAGGCUUUGAUCGAGCGCCUGGAGCAGGAGAUUGAUGAACUGAAGAAGAAGGAGUCCGGCCUGAAGCAGCUCUACAGCACUGAAGACCACAUUCACUUCCUGCAGAACUUCAACUACCUCUGCACCCCUACUGAUGACGGCUUCAUACCCAGAGUGACGGUGAACCCAGACUUCUCUUUCGGCGCCGUCAGGAAAGCUGUGGCAGAGAUCAAGGAGCGCCUGGAGGAAUUCGGCAGGGAGGAGCUGCUCAAAAUCUCCAAAUCAGUUAAUGAGGUCCCAGUCUACCAGACAGAGAGUCGAACACUGGACAGGAGGAACAGAGUCAAGGAAACGGCGGUGGACAGCUCUCCUCCUCCAGAGCCCAAGACCAGAGCAGAUUUUGUCAAAUACUUCUGCCAGCUGAAACUGGACCCCAACACAGCAUACAAGGAGCUGUACAUCUCAGAAAGCAGCAGAAAAGUCAUCCGCACCAGAGACCUGCAGCCCUACCCCGAAACCCCAGAGAGGUUUGACAGUUUUGCUCAGGUGCUGUGCCGAGAGGCCUUGUCCGGAGGCCGCUUCUACUGGGAAAUCGAGUGGAACGGCGAGUUCUCCAUCGGGGUUGCCUACAAAAGCAUCAGCAGGAAGGGCAAAGGCUCACUGUGUCUGCUGGGCUACAACGACAAAUCCUGGAGUCUCCUCUGCUCCGACUCGGGUUACUCCGCCUGGCACAACCGCGUGGACAAAGCUGUCCAAGGCCCCCAUUCCCCCAGGAUAGGUGUGUACCUGGACCACAUGGCAGGUGUACUGGCCUUUUACAGCAUAAGCAGCACCAUGACCCUCCUGCACAGGUUUCAGACCACCUUCCAUGAGCCACUCUAUCCAGGUUUUGGGGUUGGAACAUCUGUAAAAAUCUGUCACGUCAAGUAAUGCUAACACUUUUCCAAUCAUAUUUUGGGAUAACUCAUCAGUCCUUUUUUAAAUAAAUGCAUUUUGCAGAUAUUUUAACAUCAUACCAAACAAUUAUGAAAUUAUGUCUGAUCGAAAAUGUUCAGUGUGUUUCCACUUUUUUACUCUGUACUCACUGUUAUAUUCAAAUCACUUUUUAGUCGUACUUUUGUCAAUAAAGAUAGUCUGAACACAGCUGCUGAAGCCAAGAGAAGAGCAUAAUUCUGCUUAAUGUGUUAAAGUAUUCAUGUCAUGAAUAUCAAAAAUCUGAAUCGUAAAUUGAUCCGUUUGUUUUCACAGCAAAUUCCGAAAUGUGAUGAACAGAUAUUGACCAAUUUUACUACAAUGUGAUGUUGAAUACAUAGCAUUUCAUCAGUCGUGUCCUUCACAAUCAUGCCUAGCAAAAGCUUGAAUAGAAUCCUCUAAAUCAAUAAUAUUCGUUUAAAUGUCAUUUUGUCAUUCUGAUGAUCUGGUUUUAUUUUUUUCUUGACUGAGCUCUUUCUUCAUUUAAGGUAUGUUUACCAAAAUGUGGAACUGCCAGAGUUUAAUUGCUAUGCAGAAAAAGGCUUGUUUUUACAUCUACAUUUAUAGUUCUUAAUAAAAGACGAAAGAUGUGAAGGCUGGAUUGUUUAACCCUCAAAA